UGGGUUCUUUUACAAGGUUUAAAACCAUAUAAAUCAAGGUUCUUAUACAUCGAGGCUUACAGGACUCUCCGUGACAGAGCUCCUUACCCAGCCAACCAUGUUGUGGCUCACCUAAGUGGCGAUUUUGCCUUUGCGGUCUUUGAUAAAUCAACUUCUACUCUGUUUGUAGCCUCGGACCAAGUCGGUAAGGUUCCAUUGUAUUGGGGAAUAACAGCUGAUGGGUACGUGGCAUUUGCUGAUGAUGUUGAGCUGCUAAAAGGUGCUUGUGGCAAGUCACUUGCUUCUUUCCCUCAAGGCUGUUAUUACUCGACGGUGUUAGGUGGGCUUAUGAGCUUUGAGAACCCUAAGACCAAGAUCACAGCCAUUCCUGCUAAUGAGGAAGAUAUUUGGGGAGUCAAGGUGGAAGGAGCAACAGUUCUUUCGGAUUGAGAGUGAAAGAGAGUUCUGUAACAAAAAGCUUUUCUAAGAGUUCUAAGCUAUUUAGCUAUCAAUGGUUAGUGUUAAUGUAUAUAGCGUUGUAUCAUGUCUUAUGCUUCUUUGUACAGUGUUUGUCUUCUACGUACUGACUUCUUCCUAAUAAGUUAAUGUUUAAAACCACAAAUGAUUUUACUACCAUAUAAACGGUUUUGGUUUAAAACCAUAUCAGAUGAUUUCUAA